AUGCCCUCCCAAAUCGACCAAUCCCUCUAUCAAAUCUGGCUCACCAGCUGCGUCACCCAGUCCCCCAAUCAACCCGUCCACUGGAUCAUUCUCCUCGUCCACCCAGGCUCAGAUCACUGCACCUGGUAUCACUCCGUGGUCGAUACAAGAGGUCGCAUUCAAUACCGCAUGAUGAUCGAACCGAACAAACGUUUCGACAGCCCAAGUUUCUGCUGCAAGUACUAUCUAGGCACCAUUCCUGUGGAACUUGGCAUCGAGGUGAGUCGACAGGCGAAUCGAAUUCCACCGCAGAACUGUCAGUACUGGGCGUUGUAUUUGAUUCUGAGGCUGGAGAGACGGCGGAUCCUGCCGAGGGGGAGUUUUGAUGCGUGGAGUGGUUCGAUUACGGAGUUGUGGGGGGAUCAGGGGGCGGGGGAUUUGAGGCAUUAG